UCCCCAAAGCCCGCGGUGCCUGAGAAACCCCGGGAUGCCUGAAAGGGGCUGGAGAGAGCCAAGGGCUUGGAGAUCUCCUCAAGGAUGGGAGGACGGCGCUGCCUGCCAGCCCCGGUGCUCCCGCCACCCGCCCCGAGCGGGCCUGUGCCGACAGCCCAUGUCGUGAGAGUAAAACUGGAAGAGAUAGUCGCAGAUGACUAUGAAGAAAUAGAUGAUGGCUUCUCUUACACACCAAAAGAAGACAAAAAAAGGCGUAGACAAAAGCAGGAAGAGUUCUCUAGAAAUGAAGAAGACAGGCAUAAAAAGGAAAAGAAAAAGAAUAAGCAUAAUCCUGAGUAUUCCUCUAGUAGGGAAGAGACUUCUGUAGAUAUUUGUGACUCUCAAAAAAAGUACAAGAAAAGGAAAAGACAGGAAGAAGUUAGUGGAAGAAAUAAACUCGCAGAAGGUAAGGAAGACAGCUCUACUGACCAAUCUAAAAAGCUUAAAAAAACGGAGAGGCAGUUGGCAACAAAAAAGAAGGAUGAAAAGCAGACAAAGGCUGCUGCAGCAAAGAUGGCUUUAGAACAGUCACAGGAGAGCUUUUCUCUAAAUUCUGGUAAAAAUAACACCAAAAAAAUCAUAACACAGUCCAGAAAAAAGAGGGUGGGAACUUCAGAUUCCUCCAGCACAUCGUCCGACAGUGACAGCAGUGAAUUAAACAUAAAGCAAAAUAAAUCUUCCCAUAAACCUGUCGUGGCAACACUUCCCAAAGACAAAUCCCAAGCUGCUGCAAAUUCUGAUGUGAAAACUGUUGUUUCUAAUAAAUUGAAUGUAAAGUCUAACACUGAAAAUUCCACUAAGACUGCAAUUAGUAAAAAUGCUAAAAAAUCCCAGUCCUCUAGUUCAGAUUCUGACUCGAGUACGGAGGAUGAGAAAGAGGCAACAUCACGAGAAAGUACUGCAAAGGAAAAGUCGCUGCCUAACAGCGCGGCAGCUGUAAAAACCGGUACCACCAAGGCUCCCAAAGCAAAGACCUCCUCUGCAGAGUCCGAUAGCUCAGAUUCAGAAACACUUGUUAUUAAAAAAUCUGCAGCAAAUGCUGGACUGAGUAAUUCCAUAGUAAGAAACUGUACUAAACAGUUGCCAGCCAGUAUUCAAGGACCACUUGCCAGCCCAGGUCGUGGAAGGGGGCGUGGAACAGGAGAGGCUAACCUCUGGAGAGGACCUAGGGGCCGUGGGUUUCGUGGGAUGAUGAGGGGCCAAGGCCGUGGGAGAGGAGCAAACCCUGGCUUCUUCUAUAACUACAGCAGUGAAGGCCAGAAACAGAGGCAGUUAAAUGAAGCUGCGACAAACACUUCUGUUCUUGUCCAGAAUCCCGUGGAAGUCCCCAAGCGAGACUAUAGUGUGUUACCUCUUCUAGCUGCCCCACCGCAAGUGGGAGAAAGAAUUGCCUUUAAGCGCUUGGAACUGACUGAAAAUUACAGUCCUGAAGUUUCAGACUAUAAGGAGGGGAAAAUAAUCAGUUGGAAUCCUGAUAAAAAACAGAUCGAGCUUGAGAUCCUUUCGUCAUCAGCAGGACAGCUUGCUAAAGAGCCAGGGAAAUUCGAUCUGGUUUACCAGUCUGCAGAUGGAGCAGAACUGAUCGAGUAUGCGGUUCCUCAGGAUACAAAGAUAACUGAAAGUUGGGAUGCGCUGAUAGAGCCAAGACUGAUUGUUGAGCCUCCAGUUAAUGGAUCCAGCAUUGAAAAUGGAACAAUCUAAGAUGUGAACAAAUGUAAAUAAUUGUAUGGAUUUGUUUUGUGAAAUGCUGCCUUCUAGUUCUGAGGGCAGCAGAUGCACUGGUGGAUAUUUUUAAUAAAUAGUUUUAAAAAGAAACUAUGCCAAAAGAAAAAGAAACACUUUUUUCUUAGUAUGUGCUUUUAUGUAAUACAGGAAUAUUUCGGUUAUUAUAGGAAGUCUUUAAUAUAGAUCUGUGGUUUGUUGUUGGUUUUUUUUUUUUUUAAUAGAAGCCCUGAACAUGUCAAGCAAAGCUCGUUGAUUUCAGGCUUCUGCAAUUUGUAAAAAAGAGGCAGAUAAAUAGUAUUGGUAACUCAACUUUGCCUAAAAUGAGUGGAAUAUAACAUGAAUCCCUGGAAAAAUUGUGUCCCAGUGAGUUACUCUGUGUAGGCUCUGAAAACCUUUUUGUUUGUUUUAAAGCAAACCCUUUUGCCCUUUAAGUGCUGACGUUUCUGUGCUGACUUUCUCCUUUCCUUCCUAAUAGCAGAAUGGGUCACCAGGUGGUGGCAAUGCGCUUCACUGACAUCUCUGCUAAUUAUUACCAUUGAGGUAGCACCUCCUACCCGUGUAGUACUUGCAUCUUGGCAAGUCUUUAAUUUAAGACAAUCCCUGUCCUGGGGAGUUGACUCUUAAACAGAAGACAUGAAAAAAAAAAUCCUAGAUACAAACAAACCCCUGAAAAACUGUACAUCAUGG